UUUUCUGUCUCUCCCCAACAGCCACUUCCCUACCACCUUUCCAACAAGCAUAGAAGUCCUCAUGACAGUAAAUCACUCAUGCACGACACAUCGAUCACUGUCGGAGCGAAGCCUGCAGCGUGACAGCUCAAUGGUUAGUGUGGUGCAUUCGAAACCAGGCCACCAAGACAUCAUCUCCAUCCCCAAGUCCCGCUUCAUUGUUGUGGCCGCACUGCUUACCUUUGUGAUGGUAGCCUGCCUUUGCAUCACCAUAUACUCUUUCUCUGUACCUGCAGAGCACGACCACAUGCAAGGAAACCAAUCCACCAAGUCGGCAAGCCCAAACCAGAAUAUGCAGUCUUCGUCAAGCCCAGCUGUUGGUGGCAAUACAACUACAGUCGCCACCCCAGGUGCUGCAUCAAAUGCUUCCCAAAGAGCACGAGCCCAGUAUGACGCCCCACUUCUACAUCAACGGACAGACAUUAACGUCCCGCAAAGCCGGCCACGUAUUGUGAUCUUGUAGUCUGGAAUGCCAUUGAACUCUGGAAAUUUGUUGGUUAAUGGGCAGAUUAUUCUAUUACUAGGGAAGAACUGCUCCAUAAAGUAGUUUAAAACGCAUAAACGGGGUGGAGGGAUGGUGAAAAGCAAGCUUGUGGCACGCUUUAGUACAGAAAACCUACAGUGCUUGCCUAUUGAUGAGAAAGGUUGCUGCCUCUACAAUUGUACAGCCGUACCUGCACAAUGUGAAUAACACAAACUCCAGCACCACUUGUGGUUCGUUCUUACGAAAUGCAUAAACAUAAACGUUGGAUGUUCAAAAGUGAAGCUUCAGCACUUAUGGCUGGUUUUUACAAAAUGCACGAACAUAAAUUCAGAAGUGCAAUAUACAAGACAAGCUGAAAACGAGGCGGGAAACAAGUGCUCAUUGCUUUCAUCUUUGGCAGUGAAACGAUUUCACUGAAAACGAUGUAAACAUAACUGCAAGUGCAAGAAGCUUCAGUCAUGAACUUAAGGAAGGUCACAAACUUGCAUAUUAGUUAUCAACAAUGCAAUGGCAGUGUUCACGUCUCUUGCACAACUGCUACAGCACUUUUCUCCCCAGAAGGCCACGUACAAGCAUU